UAAUGCCAACGAUCGGUCAAAUGACGACCCAAUUUCUAAUUCUAUUGUGCAGUCUGAUGCUGGUCACGAUGAUGAUAAUCCAACUGCCCCAAGUGCAGGCAGUGACCAACAAUGCAAAGCCUGUGGCCCAAGUCCAGGAUGCGAGAUGCUUGCAACCUCUCGAUCCGGGUCCGUGUCGCAUGAAUUGGGAGCGUUUCUACUAUAACAAGGAUAACAAUAUCUGUGAGCCUUUCAAAUAUGGCGGUUGUCACGGCAAUGAAAAUCGUUUUAACUUCCAACAAACCUGCGAAGAGGCUUGUCUAGUGAAGAAAUGAAAAUAAAAAGUGAGCAAAUUAUUUCUAAAAUUAUAUUCAAAGGAACUUAAAAGUCGUUGGUUUUGAAGAAUUCCGAAAAAAAAAU